AGAAGCAAGCUUGGAAGAGGUUUUGUUUUCGCUGUCCAAGGUUCUGAAAUUGACUGUGGAUUCAGCGUCACACAGCCUGAGAGUAUACUUUUUCAAAAAUACAGUAAGUCAUUGGCAAAUGUUUGAAUUAACGCACGAGAGCACAAAAUGUUCCAGGCAAUGGGUUUCCUGUAACCAAAUCAAUAUGCUGACUGCAUGAAGUAUAGCUAACACAGCUGGCUGACUGACGCGAAUACCAGUAACGCCACAGCAUCGCGUGCAUACUCCUUUAAGAUGAUGUAAUUUUUGAUAACCUAUUAUGUUUUUUUUUUCCCGCCCGCUGAGGCAACAACAGCUGAGGCGGUUAUUUUCCCGCGCCACAGCCCUGCUCGCAAGCGCACAGAGAGUGAUGCUGCAUCAUCUUCACUCCUAAACCCCACCAACAUGCAAAAUCCUGGAUUAUUUCAGAGGAUCACUCACUGGAUUUUCUUCUAAAUAGCUGGGAUUACCGAUCAACAAUUGUAGCAACGAAAUUUGACUGGUUUUUAAUUAUUUCCUUUUAAAACUAUCCAUUUUGGGUCUAUUUGGUCGUCAAAAGUUGGAUUCAAACCUCUGCUGAACUUGUAUGGAACUUUGGAACUGCCUAACAGAAGAAGAAAAAAAUAGUUUUUUUUUUUUAUAAUGUUUGUGCUGAAUUUAAACAGCAGCUUCCGUUUGCAUACAAAUGUACUAUUUUUUUUCAGGCGAAGAAACAAGCGCCCCUGUCUAUCGCCGUGUCCAUACGCUGCUGAGCAACCGACACUCUCUGGUGUGCGCGUGUAGUUCCUCCGCGAAUUUUUCAACGUACUUUCGAUCUUUUUCGAUUUGUGGAGAAGACGUGGAUUUUUAAAAUAACGUAACUGUAAGGUACCUGCUCCAAUUAGUUGAAAUGUCAUUUUUAUUGCCAUUUAAUGUGCAUGGUCCAUCGUCUGUAUUUACCAAACCGUUCCCUGAGCUCUAGAGCGAACUUUUCCGCCUUUUUUCCCGGAUAUUUUUGGCACCCAUGACUGAAACAAUGGCGUUAAGUGGAAACUCUAGGGCUAAAGACAACAGUUUUCCAGAUGUUAUUGAACUAAACGUCGGGGGCCAAGUGUAUUAUACCCGUCACGCCACGUUAAUCGGCAAUCCUGGCUCCCUUUUGGGGAAAAUAUUCUCUCCUAAAAAUAACGCAUCAAAUGAUCUUGCCAGAGACCCCAAAGGUCGUUAUUUCAUCGACCGGGAUGGGUUUUUGUUCAGAUAUGUGUUAGACUACCUCAGAGACAAGCAAGUUGUCCUCCCUGACCACUUCCCUGAGAAGGGGAGGCUGAGGAAAGAAGCGGAGUACUUUCAAUUGCCUGAUUUGAUUAAACUCUUAACCCCGGACGACUUGAAGCCCAGUCCCGACGAAUACAUCCACAGUGAUUACGAGGAUGGGUCUCAAGGAAGCGACCAGAGGAUGUGCCCUCCGCCGUCGCUCGUUCCCGCCGACAGAAAAAGCGGGUUCAUAACCGUCGGAUAUCGCGGAUCUUGUACGAUGGGUAGGGAGAGUCAAACCGACGCCAAAUUCCGGAGGGUGCCGCGGAUUAUGAUAUGUGGGAGGAUCGCGCUGGCCAAAGAAGUUUUUGGCGAGACCUUGAAUGAGAGCAGGGACCCAGAUAGGACCCCUGACAGGUACACGUCCCGCUUUUACCUCAAGUUCAAGCACCUGGAGCGCUCUUUCGACAUGCUCUCGGAGUGUGGUUUCCAGAUGGUCGCGUGCAACUCGUCAGUGACAGCCUCGUUCGUCAACCAGCAUACUGACGACAAGAUAUGGUCAAGUUACACUGAGUACGUCUUUUACCGUGGCCCAUCUCGCUGGUCAUCUCCACCUUGCGACUGCUGCUGCAAGGGUCACAAAGGUGAAGGCGAAGGUGAGAGUGGAACCUCAUUCAACGAGCUCUCCACCUCCAGCUCGGAGAGCCACUCCGAGGCCAGCUCCCCGCAAGGCACCGUCAUCCGUGGCCCGGUCAGCCGGCAGACACACGUGCAAACAUUGGACAGGCCUCCCAAGAAAGGCCCCGUUCAGCAUCUCCUGCAGCAGCAGCAGUCCGAGCAUCGCCGCAAGAGCGACCUACUCCGGACGCUCACCGCAAGUUCCCGGGACACCAGCACCUGCAAGAAGCGGCCAGCGAAAGAAAAGUUGACUGUGGAAGAGGAACUAGAGAAGUGCAUCCAGGACUUCCGCAAGAUCAAGAUUCCCGAGCACUUUCCCGAGCGCAAGUACAUGUGGCAAGCCGACCUCCUGCGCAAAUACCGUCUUUGAGGAACGGCGGUAACCGUUUUCAAACCUUGAGCGCAAGCUACAAAAAUGUACGUGUUCACUACUACAACUACUAUUGCUAGUACACACCACACUACUACUGCCUCUGACUUUCUUGUCAAUGCCGGUCGAUAACCCGAGCGACCACUUCAUCUGCUUGAAUGCUAAUUGUUUACUUGUAAACACCUGCAUUUUUGUAGAGUUCCAGAGAGACGCAAAUGUUUUAGAAAGACACACAGCUACUUGUCUCUUUGGUUUCGGUCUCCCUUGCUGAGCUACACAAAUUUGUGUGUAAUCGUGUGUUUGUUACAACUGAAUUUUUGACCUCGGUAUGUUAGUGCCACAGCGAUUGAGUUGAGGUGGCCCAGAGGUUGAAAGAUGAAUGUGUAUCCACCUCAUAAAUAAUGCAUGUGGUCCCAACUGUGCCCUUUCUAAGAAUAGCCACUGCCUUGGCGGAUGUGUGAGCGGGUUUCCAUUUCAACACUCUGAGAAGCACAGGAGACUAUGGAGCCAAAUGUGUUUUUCCCUUUUUCGGAUUCUCCACGUUCCAUUUUCGUACCUCAGCUAAGCUACAAUCAGUGGCGGUGAAGACCCCUCCACAUACGGUCACAACAUAAAAGGGUUGUGAGUGGAAACUCAAUAGCAUCACAUAAAGGCUUUGAAACUGCUGCCUGAAACAUAUUGAUUUAAACAUGAUAUUCCAAAUGGGAGUGGAUGAUGGCUUACUCUUGAGGUCAAAGGUUAAAUUCUGAAUGUUUGGGAAAACCAUUUAACAGGAAAGGAAAUACAACAUUAGGGAUAUAUUCUGAAAGCAAUCACACACCAAACAACACAAACAUAGUUUAGGGUUGUGCAAUCUUCUUUGGAGAAGACAUUUUUGCUGCUGUAUUCAUUCCAUCAAUAACAAUACUGAGUGAAUUUGAGAAAUUGAUGGCUUUGAUAAUAUGUUCCGGAAGGACUAUUAGACAUAAUGAGACGUAUGUAUAUCUGAUGAUAAUUCAGUGGAAACGUAUUGGUGUACGUAAUGGUUAAUAAUGAAUACAAUCCUUUAUAAACAUCAUGUUUUUAGAUACAUCAAUAUCAAGCAGCUUAGAUACACAGUAUAUAUCUUUAAUUUAUAUUUAAUUCUAUUUAAAGUUUAGUUUAAUUUAACGUAAUUAUUUUGCGAGGAAUCAUAACUUGCUGCUGUUGAAUUAUAUUUAUUUUUAAACUAGACUUCAAUGUAAGGGGUAUAGAGUAAUAGCUACAGAUUUAUAAUAAUGCCAUACAUUUAUUUUCAAACAAAUGAUGACAAGGUAGGAAAGGAAAAAUUUAUCUGCCUCUUUCUUUUUUCUGCUAAUUUCCUAUAUAUUAUACCUUAACUGCCUGUGAUGAACAGCCUUAACCUAAGUUUACCUAAAAAAUAUUUUUAAUGUUAUACAAUUAAUUGUCAAAAAUGUGACUGGAUGUUAUAUAUAUAUAUAUAUAUAUAUAUAUAUAUAUAUAUAUAUACACAGUGCUUCCCACAGGUUUGAAAUAUACUUGCGGUGGUAGCCGGGUGAAAAAUCCUCCUAUUACCCACGGCACAAAAAUGGUCUACUACAUGUGACAAACAAAUAAUGUGUGAUUUUAAUAGUAUUUUUAUUUAUUGAAAUUAAUUAAUUUACAUUUAAUUACAUACUAAUAUUUUGCAUUAUUAUGCAUUGUAAAUUAUGCAAAAUUACAGCAUUUAAAUGGUUCUCCUUUUCCUAUGUUCUCCUUGCUGUCAUAUAGUGUCUCUCUCAGUGAAUGGGACACAGAUUUUACUAGUAAAAUUUAUAUAAUGAAUAAUAUAUGUGUGUCAAAUAAUGUUCUUAGUCUUUUCUUCCUGUGGGGGAGACUACAGUAAUUUACUAUGAAUCAAAUGGAAAUCAAAUUAAAUACAAUUUAUUGUGUAACCAAAAUACCAAUAAUGCCCAAAAGAAAAAGAAAAAACUUAGCAUGUGACUUUUAAUUAUAAACAAGCCCGAAAUACACCGGGACUCUUAUUUUGAAAUGUCUACACAAUUGCAGGCUGAUCCUUCAGAUUCUUACAACCGUCUAAAACAUUUUAUAUAAAGGCCAUAAAGUAGACAAUGUCAUAAUUCAUCAACUUCAGUUCAUUAGCAAUCGCUUGGCAUAAAUCUGCGAUUGAGAAUCACUUUGAAGCAGUCUGAAGCGCUGUUGCGCGAGCUUGUAGAACGCGCAAUAGCGCAGCCUUGUGACUUUGCAACAUGCAGCGCACGUGGCAAUUAGCGGGAGUAAACAGUUCUGACGCACACAUAAAGAGCAGGUCGAGGGGAGAUUUUCCAAUAGUUAAUCGAUCGCGGAUGGUUUCAUUAUCUUGGGCGUAUAUAUAAGUAUAAGAGGAUAAAAAUAAUAAAAGCAAAAAUGGGUCUCCAAAUAUACUUGGGCGGCCGUUAAUAUACCUGGGCGGCCCGCCAAGUAAAGUCUAUGUGUGGGAAGCACUGAUAUAAAUAUAUAUAUAUAUAUAUAUAUAUAUAUAUAUAUGCUCAGUACACAAAAGAUAUAGAAGAUAUCAUUGUAACCUCACUUUGUUAAGUGUGAUACACUCCAGAUGCAAGUGAUGAAAUUGAUUAAGAACUUUCUUUUCUCAAAGUAGCCUUUUGAAUUAGAAUAUAAAUUAAGAUUUAUUGAGUGCUAAUCAAAAUGUAGCCUCCAGCAUCUCAUUCCCAUAUCAUGAAGUCUAUUCACCAGAAAUAUGAAAUUAAAGGGGAGAGAGAAUAGCAUGUAUAAUAGAAUAUAUAUGAUUUAUUAUCUGGGUACUUAAAGGAUACAGUAAAGUCAUUAUUUUAUUGCAUUGCACAGUUUUCCUGCUCUAUUCCAAACACUGUCCAUACUGUAAAAUAUCAGCAUUGCAACUCACUUGUAAAUAACAUGAUAUUAAAAUGUAUUUUAUAUGCAUUGCCCUUGUAAUCUGUAAAAGAUUAUUCUUUGACCACUCAAGACAGCUAAAUUAUAAUAAAAGUGUUUGGAAUCCAUAUGAAUAGCGAUUAUAUGUCAAUAUUUAUAUAAUAAAUAAAUAUACGAAGAUACAGCAACAGAAUAGGAAAAGAGCUCAUUGUGGAAGUUAAACUUGAGCUGUUAUAUGUAACACAUGAGCACAACUCAAGCACAAACUCACUGCCAUUUUUACCAGGAAGUACCUGGAGAUUCAGGUGGCAUUCAAGCUGUGCUGCGCAGGCACCGUACAUUAAUACAUUAGAUUCUAUAAUCGGCCAUUUCCUCUGAAUUUUAUAUAGGCCUACAUCUAUCUACAAAACUUGGGAGAGAUAUAGACAAGGCCUUUGGUGGUAAAAGCAACUAGUAUGGUAGCCAGACGGAGAGCCCUUGUGAAAAAGUGUGCUUAAUCAAUGCGCACUUCUAGAGUACUUUAAAUCUUAAAAGUAUAUAAAAAAAAAAUUUACUUGCAGACAAUUUAAAAGGCCACUUUCAUGUUUCUCUGUUUCUUAACACACUUAAGUACACUUUAAAAUGCACUUUGUAAUAAUAAUGCCAAAUUAAUUUUCAUGCUUUAAAGAACACUUUUGUUUGAUGUGUUGACUAACACAUGUAAAGUACUUGAAUAUAUUUUUAACUGUAGUGUGUUAUUUGAUAAUGCAUUUAAAGUUAAUAUAUUUUGUACUGAAUUGCAACUUAAUCAUCACAAAUGUGUAAUUCCAAAUAUAUUUAAAUACAUGACAUACAAGUUUCAAUAGAAAAGACAAUAGAAGUAAUUAUGAAAUUACAUAUAAAGAUGUACUUAAGUGGGUCAUAAAAGCACUCUUAUGUUCAACUAUCUGCAUUUAAUAUCAAUUAAAACUAUAAUAUAUUUUCAUUUAAUUAUAAAUAAUAUGCAAUUAAUUGUACACAAACAUAACAUUCAGUUCACACUUAAGUAUAUUAUUUUAAAAUAUAUAAUUCCGUAAUAAGUACGCUUUUUUAAAAGUAUGCUAAAGCGUACUUCUUCACAAGGGAGAUCAAUAUAUUAUCAUUUGAUUAGAUUGUAAAGUCCGAGAUUGAAAUUAAUGGCAUUAUGAUUAUAACUCAGUGAAAAUCCAGUGAAAUUUUGUGCUUAUGUUUAGCCACAGCGAGAUAAAGUAAGCGUUAAAAGUUGUCUCAUCCAUUUAAAGGGGCAUUUACACUAGCAGUGGUUUAUAUUAAACAUCAAAUAUGGACUGUUAUUGUGCUGCGUGUAGCAUUUGCACAUUCAUUGUGAACAGAAAAAUCACUAGAAACUAGGACUUUUGCACACUACAUACAAAAGCAGUGUAAAAUCCCCACAAAUCCAUUACAGUAUUCACACUGGCCCAAAAAUAAUAAUAAAAAAAACUUUUUAUUAACACAAUCUUAUGUAAUGUAGACUUUUAUAAAGCAGCAUCUGAAACUUUCAAGUUUUGUCCCAUUCCCACCUUCAAAAGCCCCGUAGGAAGAGGUCUAUGCUUAUUUUUUCAGUCCCAGUUCGGUCUCUAUAGGCCGUUUUUUUCCAAUUUCCACACACACAACGCUUCAGAUCUCCAGUUACAGAUUUCUGCAUGCUGUUAUUAAUUAUAUUUUGCAGGAGCCCAGGAGUCAUUUCUUUUUCCCACUUUCCAUGCACAUAUCAGUAUCAGUUCAAAACUUGUCCCGCUCCGCACUCUGUUGCUUCAGGUCCUGCGAAUCAACCUCUAUUCCGUAUAACUAUAUGGAUAUAAAUAUGGUCCCCCUCCUCAUGUAAAACAGAUUUCAAGAUGAUCAAGCUUGUAAAAGCUCUUAAUGGCAUCGUCUCAUAAACCAUUUUAUAAUUUAUGGCCAUUAUUAGAGUAAAUGUUCAAUGUAGUAACUCAGAAAUGACUUUACUUUUUUGUAUAAAGCCGCAGCUAUGCAGCAGAAAUGCUGUUGGUGUGAAGCAGCACAAGCCUGCUGUCGCUUUGCUCACAUGCUGCUUGUGCAUGCGGCGUGAAACAGGCCUCAGAGUUAAACCAUGGGAUGCAGCAUCUACUGUUCAUUUAAAAAUGCCAUGCCCAUAACACAGGUUUCUUGAUUCAGAGAUUCAUCUCGCAUCUCUCAAAGAUACAGCUCUCAGCAGUUUCACAUCGGCACCUUUUUCAAUAUUCUGCAAUAUUCUUGUUACUGUCAAAAAAUAAUAGGAAAAUGGCCAGUAUCUUUUGUUCUCUUAAAUUAUCUUGUUUUCAUCAGAUUGGAUGGGAUAGUCUGAUUCCCCUUUCUAUUUUAAAUGAAAAGCUCAAAUAUUGCUUUUAUUAUAAUCCGCAGCAAGCUGUAGCUUGAGAUCAGUGUUAUGCUAGUGUUUGACAUUUUUAUUGAUUAUUCAUAAAGCCAUAGCAUUUUAGUGCACUUUUUCUGUUUCACAACUACCAAUAAUUUCAAUUUCAACUAAAUAAACAUUUCCACUAAUGAACUGAGCAAAGCCAGGGUCAGAAAUUAGCCAAGGGUUAGGGUACAAAUACCAGCGAAAGUAAUAAAAAUGCAACAGAUAUUCAAAAUGUGGUGAUACCUUUGUUUGCUGUUAUUUAAUAUUUGAUAUAUUUCAUAAUAUUCUAAUAUAGGCCUUAGACAUAAAUGAAGACUAUGCUGUUUGAUGUACAUCUGAAAAAUAUAAAAAGGUAAAAAAAAAAAAUCCUUUAAAAAUCCAUUCCAGGGUUCCAGUAUCCAGGGUUCCAAAAACUCAUUCCAAUCCAUUAUCCAGUGAUAAUGCAAAAUAAAAAAAGACACUGUAGCAAGCAGAAAAAAUAAAACACCUGCUUAUAAUGUCACAUGGUCUAUUUUUUUUUUUUUUUUAAUUAAUAAGUUUAAAUAAAAUAAACUGAUAGUUUAAAUAAAGAUGCUACAUUCAAAAAUCCCAGAAGUGUGUAUGUACUUACUAUUGAGAAUAGAGAAUUUUGUUUUUAUAUUGUAAAAAUAAACUAUAUUAUAAAGAAAAUAUGCAUUAAAUCUACACUGUAAAUAUUCUUCAAAUUCAAACACGAUGAAAAAUCUUUUAUCAUUGUACCCAGCACAGUCUUCAGAACUAUUUUACGUUUUGGCAAAUUGGUGGCGAAUUUGUAUGAUCUCAUUUGUGCAUUUCUGUACAAUCUUCUUACGCCUUAGACGGAUAUGUUUAGGGGUGGAGCUACAAAAGCAUACUUUUUUUUCUAAAAGUCUAACAUUGUACAAAUUCAUACAAAAUCGCCACCUCGUAAAAUAGUAAAUUUUUUCAGUGAGGUCAGAUUGUUGUACCCAUUAAAGAAUACUGUAUAUGACAUAUGUAAAAGGUCUUAUUUAAUGAAUCGUAAUGGUGUGUUUUAAAGUUUACGGUAACACUUUACAAAAAGGUCCCAUUAGUUAACAUUAGUUAAUGCAUUAAGUAACAUUAACUAACAAUGAGUAAUACAUUUGUUAUAGUAUUUAUUAAUCUUUGUUAACAUUAGUUCAUUGUUUGUUCAUGUUGAAAUAUGUGACUUUUGACUUUAAUAAUGUAUUAGUAAAUGUUGAAAUUAACAUAAACUAAGAUUAAUAAAUUUAGUCCAUGUUAACUAAUGUAGUUAACUAAUGUUAACUUAUGGACCCUUAUUGUAAACUGUUAUCAAAUUUACUCUGUAUUUUCACAAGCACACAGAGGAAUGAAAGAGAUGUUUAGAAUUUUGAAUGUUAUUGAUGUGUCAUUAUGAACAAUGAAAACUGCAUCAAAAUGCAGGCUCUGUUGACUUUUAGCUCAUUGCUUUUAUUUGUUCAUGAAAAUUCAGUGACAAUACAUGCAAAUUUACUAGCUUAUUGUUAUUUCAAGUCAAACUGAAGCGUGAAAGCAGGUUGCUGAGUCUUAAAACAAAGAAAAUCUGAUGGUACCAAGCAACUUUUUGAAAUAGGCUAGCAAGAAAAUGCACUUGGCACAUAUUUUGUGAGAUAUUGCGUCUGUUUCCACUCCUUUCAGAUGUUGACACACUCAUGGCCCGCUCUCCCGCCAGGCAGACCUGUUUAAAAUGUUGCCUGGCGUAUCAACAGCUACACCCCCCAUUGUUUGGUCCUUGUUAUGUUUUGUUUUUAACCCACAUAAAAAUCAACCGCAUAAGACUGACAAAACCGUACGUCUGAGAAUAAAACCAAUAAAUGAAUGCAUUAAAAUGCUCAUUUGAAAACUUGCAGAGCACACCACAAGAAGGUUGUUUGGUGUCGUUUUGACUUCAAAAAGGUCCAGAUGAUUGUGCGCAUGCCAGUGUAUGAAAUAUUGCAAAUGUUUGUCUGUUUGUGAUGAUGUUAAAACAUACCAAAAACACAGGGAAAAAAGGUAAAGCACAAAGUGUGGGUUGUGUCUGCUAAUGUUUGCCACAAAUGUACUGUAUAUUGUUAUGUAUAAAAGAGAGCAUCAUCUGAGAUGUCUUUAGAUACAAGCAUAGAGGAUUUAAAAAUGUACAAGUACAUUAAAUAAAAUUCUAUAGAAACACU